CCAACUGUUUUUUAUACUCCAUGGUUACAUUGGCAUCCGUCAAAUUUCGCUUGUAAUUCGUGAGUACUUCUAACCUCACUUAGAGUUCUUUAUUCAAUCAGGGUAUAGAUCAACAGUGAAAAUGCCGGACCAUUUAGGAGAUGAUAUGCGGAAGGUGAAACCUGAGGAAGAGAAGGAGGAAAAGGAAAUAAAAUCUCUCGAUGAGGGAGAUAUUUUGUUGCUGAAAACCUAUUGUCAAGGUCAAUACUCAAAAAGUAUUAAGGGUGUUGAGGAUGAUAUACAGACUAUAAUAAAGAGAGUGAACGAAUUGACGGGUAUCAAAGAGUCCGACACGGGUUUGGCACCUCCCGCACUGUGGGACUUGGCCGCGGAUAAGCAGACACUGCAAAAUGAACAACCUUUGCAAGUUGCACGUUGCACGAAGAUAAUUAAUGCCGAUUCAGAUGGUCCCAAGUACAUUAUAAACGUGAAGCAGUUUGCUAAGUUUGUUGUCGAUUUGGCAGAUUCUGUGGCACCCACAGAUAUUGAGGAAGGCAUGCGGGUUGGGGUGGACCGUAACAAGUAUCAGAUUCAUAUUCCCUUACCACCAAAAAUUGAUCCAACGGUUACCAUGAUGCAAGUUGAGGAAAAACCUGAUGUUACGUACAGCGAUGUAGGUGGGUGUAAGGAACAAAUUGAAAAACUGCGGGAAGUUGUUGAGACUCCCUUGUUACACCCCGAGAAGUUUGUAAAUCUUGGGAUCGAGCCACCCAAGGGUGUACUAUUAUUCGGCCCUCCGGGUACAGGAAAGACCCUCUGUGCUCGAGCAGUAGCAAACAGGACGGACGCUUGCUUCAUUCGCGUUAUUGGCUCGGAAUUAGUGCAGAAAUACGUUGGAGAGGGAGCACGCAUGGUAAGAGAGCUCUUUGAGAUGGCCCGCAGUAAGAAGGCAUGCUUGAUAUUCUUUGAUGAAAUUGAUGCCAUCGGAGGAGCCAGAUUUGACGAUGGUGCUGGAGGGGACAACGAAGUGCAGCGAACGAUGCUCGAGCUGAUCAACCAGCUCGAUGGAUUCGACCCGAGGGGCAACAUCAAGGUCCUGAUGGCGACGAAUCGACCGGACACUCUGGACCCUGCCUUGAUGCGACCAGGUCGUCUGGACCGCAAAGUCGAAUUCGGUCUUCCAGAUCUGGAAGGCCGCACGCAUAUUUUCAAGAUUCACGCUCGUUCGAUGAGCGUCGAACGAGACAUCAGGUUCGAGCUCUUGGCUCGACUCUGCCCGAACAGCACCGGUGCGGAAAUCCGCUCCGUCUGUACCGAAGCCGGAAUGUUCGCCAUUCGAGCUCGCCGCAAGGUCGCCACCGAGAAGGACUUCCUCGAGGCCGUGAACAAGGUCAUCAAGUCCUAUGCCAAGUUCUCCGCCACCCCGAAAUACAUGACUUACAAUUAAUCUCAUCUUUAAUCGCCGCUGUUUGCAUUGUCGUUGAGGAACAAUAAAAGGAUUUUACAGAGA